AUGGCAUUCUUCGCCUCGAUCCCGUUCCGUCUCGCCAAGAAACAAAAGACUCCGGACGCGAUUGCCUCCACCUCCGCCUUCGUCGACUCUAAUCGGAAGCGUGCUGCAAGUCUCGAUGAAGCUUUCUUCCCACAGCCCAAGAAGCAGAAAACCAAGGAGGAUCGGAUCGAUGAGAUAAUGGAGGAUCAAAACGAGAUGAUUGACAGAGCCGAGUGGGUGCACGUCGCGGAGGAGGACAAGAAACAGGUCGAUAAGGUUGCCAUCCCCUUUGGUCCCCAGGCGGAAACUGCAGACGAGGAAGCGGUUCAUCGGAGCAAGACCAACAGCAUCGAGAUCGGAGAGGACAUUAAUAGGAUCAAGACAAUUGCCGAUACUUUUCGACUCGUCAAAGACAGUCUACUUUCUGCAUGCACCGACAUUGACGUCAAUGUCAUGGCUCUCGAGGGUUAUCGCACCGGUGCCCAGGAUAUCGUCGACAGAGCACCCGACAACGACCUCUCCGGUGGAUACAUGAAGUUUCAUGAGACUAUGUUCAAGCUUUCGAUGCAUGCUCACGCCGCCGCUCACUUCGCAAGACGGUUGAGGGAGGAAAUGAACUAG